AUGAGGCUUCUGUGUCUCCUGCAUCUGCUGUGCUUGGCUGCUUGUGAGGCUUCCAGAGCGAGAGACUGGGCUCAUCACGGCGCCCCCAUGUUCGCUGACCUGACCGUUCGUGAGAUGAAGGCCGUGCGGGCUUACCUCCAUGGAAUUCCACAACUGGGACUCACCGAUGCCAAAAACAAGGCCCUGAAGAAGAACAGCAUAAUAAUGAUCGAGCUUCAAGUGCCUAAAAAGCACGAGGCGUUGAGAGCGUUGGAUCGCGGUCAAGCCAAGCCUCUUCGUCAAGCCCGUGUCAUCGUUCAGUUUGCGAACCAAACCACACCCAAUAUCACCGAGUUUAUUGUCAGUCCUCUGCCGUCUCCAAAGUCUCAUGAGGUCAAGAGCUUCAAGGGAGGUCGGCCUAUCCGGUUUGAGUCCAGGCCAAUAACUACUACGGACUAUUACCACCUCGGAGUCAUCACUCAGAAGAUGGCAGCUAAAGCUCAGAAGAUUUUAUUUGAAACCACGCAAGGAUUCAUAUUAUCAGCCAACUGCACGUAUCGAUGUUUGGCAUUUGUUGACAUCGCCCCACGAGGGCUGGCGUCAGGUGAGAGGAGAAGCUGGAUCAUGUUGGUCAAAAAUGUAGAAGGACACUAUCUCCACCCGAUUGGGUUUGAGUUUCUUGUCAACCAUAAGGACCUGGACCCAAACAAGUGGACGGUUGAGAAGGUGUGGUACAACAGCGUGUACUUUGACAGUGUGGAGGAGUUGGUGGAAAAGUAUGAAUCAGGAGCUGUGGAGAAGGUGACGCUACCGCAUCAUGAUGACGAUGACCGCUACUCCACCUUCAUUCCACACGGUUCAAGCAACACGCCCACAAACAUCCACGGACCAAAACUGGUAGAGCCUCAAGGGCAUCGCUACCACCUUGACGGCAACUUUGUUGAAUACGCCGGAUGGUCGUUCGCCUACAGAGUGCGUUCAUCGGCCGGACUUCAGGUGUUUGACGUCCGUUUUAACGGAGAAAGAAUCGCCUAUGAGAUCAGCAUCCAAGAAGCUAUUGCCUUCUAUGCCGGUGACACCCCAGCUGCCAUGCAAACAAAGUACAUCGACGCCGGUUGGCUAAUGGGUACCGAAGCAUUUGAGCUAGGGUCUGGAAUUGACUGCCCGGAAAUUUCGACCUUUGUAGACCUUUACCACUUCUAUGACACCGACAAACCGGUGCGCUUUAAAAAUGCACUCUGUAUUUUUGAGAUGAACACAGCGUUGCCUUUGAGAAGACAUUUCGACUCCGACUUCAAGGGAAAGUAUCGCUUCUAUGGAGGACUAGAAAGCACUGCGCUGGUGGUACGGACAACGUCGACGGUUUACAACUAUGAUUACAUCUGGGAUUUCAUCUUCUACCAGAAUGGGGUGAUGGAGGUCAAGGUCAGCGCCACCGGUUACAUCCAUGCCACCUUCUUUACGAGAAAAGGACUUCAGUAUGGCUCCAAAGUGUACGACUAUGUGCUGGGGAACGUGCACACGCACCUUAUCCAUUAUAAAGUCGACCUGGAUAUUGCUGGUCGAGGGAACAGCUUUCAGACGAUGGAUUUGAAAUUCGUCAACUUCACGAAUCCCUGGAGCCCCAAGGACGUCAUCGUCCAAUCCAAACUCCACUGGACGGAACGCAAGACGGAACGUUCCGCCGCGUUCCGCUUUGGCAAAACGUUCCCCCGCUACGUCCACUUCUACAACCCAAAUGAGAGAAAUAAGUGGGGGCACCACAGGGGCUACAGGAUUCAGCUGAACUCGCAUGGCAACAGCGUGCUUCCGAGAGGCUGGCGAGAAGAAAAUGGCAUCACGUGGUCGAGAUAUCCUCUGGCUGUUACUCGUCAUAAAGAUAACGAGGCCACCAGCAGCAGCAUUUAUACCCAGAAUGACCCCUGGGAACCUGUCGUGAGUUUUGAGGACUUCAUUCGCAACGAUGAAGAUAUCGUAAACCAGGAUCUGGUCGCCUGGGUGACGGUGGGCUUCCUGCAUGUGCCUCAUUCAGAAGACAUCCCCAACACGGCAACGCCGGGCAACGCGGUGGGAUUCUUCAUUCGACCCUUUAACUUCUUUGACGAGGACCCUUCGGUAGCAUCCAAGAGCACCGUCAUCGUCAGGCCGGGCCCAGACGGGAAGCCCAAAGUCCAACGAUGGACACCAGAGGUGGUUGGUCACUGUGUGACAGACCAGCCAUUCUUUUACAAUGGCACCCAUGCAGGGGUGUAG